AUGCAUCUAUAUGGUUUGUGGGUAGUCGGGAAUAGCAUUAUGGUACUUGGCUGGCAUUGGGCGCUAGCUGCAUUCGGGUUUUUGGUGGAAUUGAACACCAUCCACCUCCAGCGAAUGUAUAUAUUGUAUAUGCCAUUAAGGCUUACCCCUAGGGGCAAGAAGUCCUGGCCCUGA